AUCCAUCCAAUCCAGACGUCUUUUUCACUUCGCUAUUUUCUGUCACUUUACAUUUUAUACAAUCGUAAUUAUGUGGUAAUUUUAUUUUAUUAUCUCGGGAAACAUGAAAAGAGAUUAUUGUGUUAAGUUUAUUUGUGUUGUUAAGUUUGAAUACUAGAACGCAUCGUCAAUUAUAUGUAACAAAGAAUGGAACCCAUGGAAUUAAAGUGACAACUAUGUCAGUGGCAAGGCACCAUUAGGCAUGGAUACGUUGCACGUCAGCCAUGGUCACAGCAAGGGGUCGAGCAGGAGCCAGUCGCCGUCCACCGCGGAGCUGUCCAGGGACCCGGCGGUCACGGACGACGCCGUGAUAAGGUCGAGGGUGCAGUCGCCCACCGUGCAUCAUGUCAGCGAUACGUCACGGCACGGUGAGCCUCGGUCGCACCACGUCAAGUCGCAUUCAAGGGAUCUCGGCAAUAGUCCUCUGUCCGCGAAUACUACGGGCAAUUCGUCUAGAGAUUUAGAAGACUCGCCGCAAAAGAAGGCCAUCGCGAACGUUCUAGGCGGCGACUACGUCACAGCCGUGUACAGUCCUAACGUGUCCUAUGGGCUGUCUGCGGACGAAUACGGGUCUCCCGCUUAUAGAGGUCAAGAUGGAGACUACUUAAAUCAAGGAUCGGAAGACAGCGAAGGCAGCGGAAACGUGACGUCAGCGAAAGCGCUCGCAGCGAUCGCGCAUCUCAACAGCAAGAUCGAACGGACGAAGGACUUGAUUCGGCUCGAACAGACUAUACGGGAUGACAAUGUGAACGAAUACCUCAAGCUAGCUGCAAACGCGGAUAAGCAACAGUUGCAGCGAAUUAAAGCAGUCUUCGAGAAGAAAAACCAGAAGAGCGCACUAUGUAUAGUACAGCUGCAGAAGAAACUGGAGGGCUAUAAUAAGAGAAUUAAGAAUUGGGAGCAACAUGGCACAAGCGGACAGACGCACAGACAGCCGCGGGAGGUGUUACGGGAUAUGGGCCAAGGUCUAAAGAACGUGGGCGGCAACAUCCGCGACGGCAUCACGGGGCUGGGCGGCAGCGUGAUGGCGGCGCCGCGCGAGUUCGCGCACCUGUUCUCGCGCUCCAACCGCUUCGGAUCCGCCGACAACAUCGCGCAUCUCGCCGAAAACACGGGUCCCUCCCCCCAACAUACGGAACUGAGAGCGAACGCGUCGUCGGAAGGGUCCCGCGCCAGCGAGGCGGGGGAGACCGCGCCCCGUGGCUCCACGCUCCCGCGGGCCGCCACCUCGCCCGCGCCCAAGUACUCGCCCGACGCCUCGCCCUCCUCCUCCGUCACCAGCGAGGGCGCGCCUUACCCCACACAAGCGGGCACCAACAACAUGUCAGAGGCGACGUUCAGCCUCAAGCCGAUACUGAACGAGCUGCGCGAGCGGCGGGAGGACUACGAGCGGCUGGCUGAGAAGAUCGAUGCACUUAAGAAUUUAACGCAAGAGGUGUCGUUUCUAUCGGCCGCUUUACAAGAGGAGCGCUUCAAAACGGAACGACUCGAGGAGCAAAUCAACGAUCUCACUGAGUUACAUCAAAACGAGGUAGAGAAUUUAAAGCAGGCACUAACGGAUGUGGAAGAGAAAGUACAGUACCAGAGCGAAGAGCGGAUACGAGACAUACACGAGGCGUUAGAUCUGUGUCAAACUAAAAUAAGCAAGCUGGAGCAGUGGAUGGCGGGCGGCGGGGCGGGCGGUGGGGCGGGCGGCGCGGGCGAGGCGGGCGCCGCGCUGCCGCCGCGCGUCGUGCUCGUCAAGCUGCUCAACGUGGCGCUCACGCUGCUGCAGCUCGCGCUGCUGCUCGUCGCCACCGUCGCCGGCGUCGCCAUGCCCUUCCUGCGCACCAGGGUGCGUGUGCUGACCACGAGCCUGGCGGUGAUGUUCGGCGUGCUGGUGCUGAAGCAGUGGCCCGAGGUGGCGCAGCUGUCGGAGCACCUCGCGCGACGCCUCAAGGAGUACCUGCUCGACAAGCACCACGACAGGUAUGAGUGCAAAUCGUUGUGUGGUUGAUAAUUUCGGCGAAUCGUGAUAUUGCAAUUUAGUCCUUGGAUUGUCUGCAAAUGUUUGUGGAGCUCCCAACGCUCUGCUCGAGACAGAAACUCUUGUUUUUUUUUUAUGAUUUUCAAUUAUUUCGAUGUUGUGGUGGUACAUUAUUUGAAAUACAAACGCUUUAGUAUUUUAAUAUUGUGGUGUAAAGCGACAUUUUAAGUUGAAUUUAUUUAUCGAUUACAUUAUUUUAUUUUAUUCAUUUAUAACGACAUAAUUUUUUUUAAUCUUUAUAUUUUUUUAUUAUAUCUAUUCAGGCGUAUAUUGUGUUUGUACGCGUGUGUAAAUAUAAUUUUAUGUUACGGUAAUUUUUCAUUAUUAUUAUUCAUGUUUCAAUUAAUGUCAAUAUUAAGUGGAAUAUAUUUGUGAUAUUAAUUGAUAUUUUAAUAAAUAAAUCGUUUAAUCAGGCUGGGCCUUUUUUUACAAAAUGGAUGUUCGUUAAUGUCUAUACGAUAAAAUGAUGUCGAAGCUAAUCAAAACUUAGAUCGAAUGGUCUGCAGUUCUUAGUUUUGUUUACGAACUAUAUUGGUAGCACAUUUUAUUACAAAAGCUUUAUUAUCAAAAUCGAACGAGAAUUAAUGUUAAAUUAUUUAUUAAAUUUUUAUAUAAUUUGCGUUAUAUUAGAACAAUUAUAAUCGGUCUUGUGGUUAAAAAUGUGUAUAUAUUGUCCUGUAACGUUCCCUCACAACACAAGGCCGGUCCACGGAAUUAUAUUAUGAAUGUUAAAAUGUUGCCAUCCUAGCGAUGUUGUCACUCUUGUCUAGCUAAUUUAUUGUAAAACCAAGUGACAUUAAAAUUAAACUUUAUUUUGUAUACAAAUAUGAACCAGUUUCGAAUAUAUUUUACUUAGAAAGUUUUGCUAGCAUGAUUUAAACCGAUAUUGAAAAACAAAUUAUUUUUAAAGAAUAUCAAGAGCAAUAAUUAGUUUAAAUUAAACUAUAGACUUCCCUCUCCUGUAUCUAAACCUAGGAAAACAUUUAUAAUAUUGAUAAUAAUAUAAUUUGUAAUAAGGGAAACAUUCCAAAUUUUUUCUUACUGAUCUUCUAGAUGAAUUGAAAAUUAACCCAAUAUAAACGCCCGGGCUUUUCUUGAAAUUAUUAUUUUUUUAAGUCGGUUUAUUGUGUACAUUAUGUAAAUAUUUUUUUUUACUCAGCACGGUAUGGAUGGUUGUAUUGUUUCAUUGUAAUAUUUCAUAUUAUGCGUAUUUUGAUGUAUUAUUCUUAUAUUUAUUGGGUGGAAUACACGUUGUCAAAAAAUGUAUUGGAAAAAUAUUGCAUUCAACGUGCUUAUGAAAAAGUUUAAUGCAGUAACGUUAAAAUACACAAAAUGUAAAUUAAAAUGUUGAAUGCAAUAUUUAUGUAGUAUCUGAAAUGUAAAUUCAUUAAUUAUUACUUUAUUUGGAAUGUAUGUAAAUUGUAAACUGAUGACAUGUUUUGUUUCAAACUAUGGAUUGAAUAAAAUCAUCACAAUUUUA